GUGUGUUUGUGUGUGUGUGUGUGACUGUGUGUGUCCUUCAUGAACUGAAGGAAGAAUCACUCUUCUCAUUCUUCUAGGAGACCUCACAACAACACACACUUCUGCCAUCCUUCUGAUAAAAUCCGACCCUCAUACACACUCACACACACACACACACACACACACACAAAGAGGACGGGAUGCUUUACCUACUGCUGAUGAUGGCCAUUGUGCCAUGCGUUCCACAAGAUGUUCGGCCUCCUGUAAUCCAGAGGUCAAGCCUGACCAGUGACUCGGACCUCGUGCUGACCCUCGGCUCCCCUCUGCUGCUGCACUGCCAUGGCGAUGCUGUGGUCACCUGGCAACCACGGCUGGCCAAACACAGGAAGUUCAUCAGCAAGGGCGUCGGCCGAAGCAGGACGUUCCGUGUGGGGCGUGCCGAGGCGGAACACACCGGAACGUACAAGUGUGUGUACACCAACGCCAGCCUCACACACCUCUACUCCUCCGUCCACGUGUAUGUGAGAGACCCUGCGGUGGCGUUCGUGGUGUCCAGUAAUGCCCUGCGCGUGGUGCGUAAGGAGGGCGAGUCCUGCACUCUGGCCUGCCUCAUCACUGACCCCACCCUGGCCCCCGUCUCACUGCGAUUGGCUAACGGCUCGGCCCCGCCCCCCGACCUCAACUUCACCUCUGACCCCCACAGAGGGGUCAAGCUGCUGAAGCUGCGGCACGGCCACACCGGGGACUACGUCUGCGCUGCCCACACAUCCGGCCAGCAAGAGAUCUUCUCCAAAACAUUCAGUCUCAACGUCAUCCAGAGGUUACAGGCUCCGCCCUACGUGUUCCUGAAGCAGACUGAGUAUGUACGCAUCAUAGGGGAGGAGCUUAAGAUCAGCUGCACCACCCACAACCCAAACUUCUACUACAAUGUCACAUGGAUACACAACUCCUCCCACGCCUUGCGUGUGGAGGAGAACGUCCAGUCCAAGGGCAGUCAGCUGGACAUCGAGAGCACCUUCACCAUCCCCGCGGUAACGCCAGAGGAUUCCGGAAACAUCACCUGUGUGGGAACCAACGAAGCUGGAAUCAACAGCUCAUCAACACGUCUACAAGUCAUAAAGGAGGCGUAUGUGCGCGUGCGUGUGGCGUCGCCGUGGGAACUGGACGGGGGUCGGCUGGAGGUGUCGGAGGGGGAGGACGUGCAGGUGCAGCUGAUGAUCGACGCCUACCCCGCCCUCACCUCACACACCUGGACCACACCGUACAACACCACCCUGGAGCAGCAUCUAUACCGCCACGGGCCUUACAGGUGGGAGGCUUCUCUGCUGCUCAGGAGAGUGAACUAUCAGGAACAGGGCCUGUACACGUUUACUGCCCUCAGCUCCAAAGCCAACACAUCCAUCUCCUUCACGCUCCUCAUGUUCCAGCGUCCAGUGGUGGUGGUGAGUCGUGAUAACACCAGCGCGCUGACCUGUGUGUCCAAAGGGUACCCCGCCCCCACCAUCCUGUGGUACCAGUGUAGCGGCAUCCACGCCUCGUGUGCUGAGAACAUCACGGACACAGAGAGCCUCUCCCAGAUCAGGGCAGAGUCUGUUGAGGUGGAGAGGGCAGAGUUUGGGUCGGAGAGUAAGCUGCUGAUUGGCCAGGCGGACCAACACAUCACUAUCGAGUGUGUGGCCUCAAAUGCUGUGGGGCACAGCAGAGCAGUGUUCGCCAUGGAAGUACCUGAUAAGCGCUUCUCUACAUAUCUUGCUGGUGGAGCUGGAGUGGUGGCCUUCCUCAUCCUUCUGCUCCUCAUCCUCCUCUACAAGUACAAGCAGAAGCCGCGCUAUGAGAUUCGCUGGAAGAUCGUGGAGGCGACCAACGGAAACAACUACACUUUUAUUGACCCCUCCCAGCUGCCGUACAACGAGAAAUGGGAGUUCCCCCGUGAUAAGCUCAGACUGGGUAAGACUCUAGGUGCUGGAGCCUUCGGUAAGGUGGUGGAGGCCACAGCGUACGGAAUGGGAAAGGAGGACAACGUCACACGAGUGGCCGUCAAGAUGCUGAAGGGGACUGCUCACAUAGACGAGAAGGAGGCUCUGAUGUCAGAGCUGAAGAUCCUUAGUCAUCUCGGGCAGCACAAGAACAUCGUCAAUCUCUUGGGAGCCUGCACCCAUGGAGGUCCGGUGCUGGUCAUCACUGAGUACUGUUGCCAUGGCGACCUGUUGAACUUCCUGCGGGGGAAAGCGGAGAGUUUCCUGAGCGUGGUGUUGUCCCUCCCCCCCGCCACUGAGGACACCAGCGACUACAAGAACCUGCUGGGGGGGCACAAGUUCAUACGCAGUGACAGCGGAAUCUCCAGCACUUGUUCUGACAGCUACCUGGACAUGAGACCGGUUCCAGGGCCUGCUGGUUCUCAAGCCCUGUCGUGUCAGCAUGGGGACUCGUGGCCGGUGGAUAUGGACGAUCUGCUGCGCUUCUCCCUCCAGGUGGCCCAGGGCCUUGAGUUCCUCGCCGACCAGAACUGUAUCCAUAGAGAUGUGGCAGCGCGUAACGUUCUCCUGGCGGAGGGCAGAGUGGCGAAGAUCUGUGACUUUGGGCUGGCCCGUGACAUCAUGAACGACUCCAACUACGUCGUCAAGGGAAACGCUCGUCUGCCUGUGAAGUGGAUGGCCCCAGAGAGCAUCUUUGAGUGUGUGUACACAGUACAGAGCGACGUCUGGUCCUAUGGCAUCCUCCUCUGGGAGAUCUUCUCUCUGGGUAAGAGUCCGUACCCCAGCAUCCUGGUGGACUCCAAGUUCUACAAGAUGAUCAAGUGUGGAUACCAGAUGCAGAGACCAGACUUCUCCCCUCCCGAGAUGUACUCUAUCAUGCGGAUGUGCUGGACCCUGGAGCCUACGGAGCGUCCCACCUUCAGUAAGAUCUGCAGCAUGAUCCAGAGACUACUGGGAGAAGAGGUGGAGCCAGACACCACGGGAACCUAUCAGAACACUGAGCAGCUGAAACAGGAGGAGGCGCUGGGAUCAUGUGAGCAGCUCAAGUGCACCGAGGAGUCAUGUGACCAGUCAUGUGACCAGUCACAUGACGCAGAGCAGGAAGAGGAGCAGCCACUUAUGAAGACCAACAAUUACCAGUUCUGCUGAGACCACACACACACACAAUUACCAGUUCUGCUGAGACCACACACACACACACACACACACACACACACACACACACACACACACACACACACACACACACUCACAACAAUAACCAGUUCUGCUGAGAGACACGACUCAAACACACACACACACACACACACACACACACACACACAAAGAAAGAGAAAGAAAGAGAGAGAGAGAGAGAGAGAGAGAGAGAGAGAGUGUUGUACUAUCUGUAUUAGUUUUGCCAUAAUCAUGUUAAAGUAAGCUAUGUAUGGAGAAUGAAUAUGCUGUCUAUUGAGCUACUGGAGCUCUUCAGUGUAAAUGCACCCUGUCUGGUCUGUGUCUGGUCUGACCCCCAUGUGAUAGGCAUCUGGUGUGUGGGAAGCCCAAUCUAGAGUGUAUCUGGAGCCAAUCUGAAUUCAAUUAGAGUGUAUCUGGAGCCAAUCGGAAUUCAAUUAGAGUAGAUCUGGCGCCAAUCUGAAUUCAAAUAGAGUGGAUCUGGAGCAAAUCAGAAUUCAAUUAGAGUGGAUCUGGAGCUAAUCAGAAUUCAAUUAGUGGAUCUGGAGCCAAUCAGAAUUCAAAUAGAGUGGAUCUGGAGUCAAUCUGAAUUAAAUUAGGGUGGAUCUGGAGCAAAUCAGAAUUCAAUUAGAGUGGAUCUGGAGACAAUCAGAAUUCAAUUUAGAGUAGAUCUGGAGCCAAUCAGAAUUCAAUUAGAGUGGAUCUGGAGCUAAUCAGAAUUCAAUGAGUGGAUCUGGAGCCAAUCAGAAUUCAAAUAGAGUGGAUCUGGAGCUAAUCAGAAUUCAACUAGUGGAUCUGGAGCCAAUCAGAAUUCAAAUAGAGUGUAUCUGGAGACAAUCAGAAUUCAAUUUAGAGUAGAUCUGGAGCCAAUCAGAAUUCAAUUAGAGUGGAUCUGGAGCUAAUCAGAAUUCAAUUUAGAGUGGAUCUGGAGCCAAUCUGAAUUCUUUGAGGUACGGGGUCAGGUGCUCUCCACUCCUUUUUCUCUUCUCCAAUCUGUGUGUUUGAUCCUCUAGACACAGGUGUGUGUGUGUGUGUAUGUGUGUGUGUGUGUGUGUGUGUGUGUGUGUGUGUGUGUACUGAUUCAUCUUUCAAAUCAAGUGUGUUUCUUAAAAUAGUAGAGGUUCUGGGAACUGGUCUUACUCACACCGGAGUUUCCAUCAAGUACAGCUUUUUGUGUUAUCAUUUCCGUCAGAGUGUGUGUGUGUAAUAGAGAGAGAGAGAGAGACAGAGAGAGAGAGAGAGAGAGAGACAUAAUGAGUGUGUGUGUGUGUGGUUCCUCCUUUGCUUUCUGCCUGAGUGGAGUAGACCUUUCCUCUUCCUUCUAAUAUGAAUUGGUCAGAUGCAAGAUACUUGACCAGACAUACUCUCUAGUUGGCAUGAUUUUAGCACAGAGCCUUUGAAGUACACAGAUUGGAUAGUACACUGGAUCCUAGAACUGAAGCUUGUGACACAGAAUGUUUUUGUUUGGUUGCUAUGGUUUUCUGUGAUGUAGCACUCAGCGUACACUGCCAAAUGACCACAUCCUUGUGCGUCCUCCUCUAACUGACCUCAGGUCCUUCUCUUACGGUCAGGGUGUCAUAAUCUCUUCAGCUCAUGAAGCUCCACAGAGCUGCAGUAUGUAGUCAAGUUGCCGAGGGGUGCGUUCCCCAAAGCCAUAGCUGCAGUAUGUAGUCAAGUUGCUCAGGGGUGCGUUCCCCAAAGCCAUAGCUGCAGUAUGUAGUCAAGUUGCCCAGGGGUGCGUUCCCCAAAGCCAUAGCUGCUAACCUGUUAGCAGCUUAGUCAAAGAUCGUAUAGUUACUAAGAUGAAUCAUAAAGGGUUUUUUCAAUGGAAUUAAAUGGCACCCACUUUCGCCUCCUAAAGGGGCGUGAUCAGUAACGAGAUCAUCGGUUUAGAACGGUGUAGAAGCAGCUGAAGCAGUGUGCCAUUAAUAACAGGUGACCUGCGCAAUUAGCGGAGACAGGUCAGGUCAGGAGGGACAGGUCGUGAACAAAGUUAUUUUUCUAUGUAUUUAUCUCGCUGGAAAAUACGAUUUCAAUGUGGGAAUGUUAGAAAGACGUGUGCCAUGUAGAAUAUGGGUUUGUUACUUGCAUUGCUGAAUGUAGGGCUAAGGGAAUGGUCAAAAUCCGAGAUAAGAUUUAUUUCACCCGUUUGCCUCCUAAAUGGGAGUGGCACUACGUCACAGUGAAACCGGAAUUUACCCUCAUAUGAAUCGUCUCGCUUUAUAAACCGUCUCUUGCUUAGUUGGUCGGCAAUGGGAAAUUGCAUUGGAACCAGCAAGGUUGGCAACUCAGUUAGCAUCUAAGUAUGGCUCCCUCGCAGGGUCCCCAUGGCAACGUCCCCUCUGAGGGCAGGUCAUAAGAUCAGCUGUCCAUCUCAGAGCCAUUAGGGUUAGGGUCAUCAGAUCAGCAUCUCUGCUCUCAGGGCUCAGGAGGGGUCAGUCUUGUAGCUGCUGAAUCUGCACAACUGUCUCAUAUAUCAGCUUCACUGAUGAUGGGUAGACGUUUGAAGUGCUGCCUGAAUGUCAGCCUUAUUCUGAGUGUACUUUUUUACUUUCGCCAGCCCAGGGCUCCCUUGAACAAGAGAUGGGAGAUCACUUGGUAAAAUAAACAAAAAAUAAGAUAAAAAUAAAAAACAAAAAAAAGAACAGUAGCCUGUGUGUCUGUCUGGCGGAGGCAGGUAGUAGCGGUCAUCUUUCAGUCCAGUUGUAGAGGACUCCAUCUUGUCAGUCUCAUGGUGAGUUUGUAGAAUUUCGUGCACCAAUCUCGCUGGCAACAGUGUGGGCAUUCUGCCAUACCCUGGGGUCAAAAGGUCAUGAUGGGCAGUGUGGGCAUUCUGCCAUGCCCUGGGGUCAAAAGGUCAUGAUGGUGAUUGUAUAUUUUUGCAAUUCGUCUGAAGACUGCUGGUGUGUAAUCUUAUCAUGUAGCUAUUAGCUCAAUUGUUAUUCUUUCAUGUUAAUGAAAAUGUUAAUGUAUUCUUUCCGACUGUAUGCUCCCAUACGUUAAUGAAAUGUUGCAUCUGCCAUAUAAAAUUCUGACUGUUAUCAGACUUGUGCCAAAGAUUAAAGAUUAAAGCUGGUUUCACGUA